AUAGGAAGUCUCUGGCCUGAGUUACAGGAUACAGAUCUGUCUCGGGGAUUUGAUUAGAUGCCGUCGUGGUUCCAAAAAAGUGGUUGAAGAUGGGAUUUCAUCAGACCUUCGUUAGACGCAUUAAGUGGCCCCGUUUUAGGCAUCCGUAACUUUUUUUUCCGUCACCUUCAAGACUGAAAGUUGCGAGCCAUCUGUUCUACAUACAGCAAUAGUGCCCAAAAAUGAAGGUUCUGACAUUAAAUUUUCUGACCUGCGCGGUCAAGACGUGCAAGGCUUCUUCCGACUCAUUUCCGCUGCACCCUAAGGAUGCAGAGCUUGUCAGUGAUGAUGUCGAGCUCAAUCCUCAGUUGUUAGUCAACUUGCUGCCCCGCAUCGAUUGGAAUGCGCUGCGGACAACAUCGACAGAGUUGGGCUUCCCUGAACUGCCUGAGCAGCCGCCCACGGUUGAGGAGCUUCGGGCUGACGAAAAAAUGCUGAAGGACCUGCACACGUUGCUCAUGGAGACGCAAAUCAACGAGGGCAAGUUAGUGUGCGGGCAUUGCGGACACGAGUAUGCUAUUCGGGAAGGGAUUGCAAAUUUCCUCUUGCCAAGUCACCUGGUAUGAGCGGAAAGUACAUUGUGGAGGUUGGGAGGGGGAAAAGGCGUUCAUCAUCCAUCCGCAACGGGAGAGGCAUUCAUUACAGGGUCGGCUCACGCUGCUGACGACAUGAAGCUUUCAGCAAUGAAGUACAUGCCAUG